CCCUCUCCAGAAACAUGGCGGCGCUGGUGCGAUUGGCGCGGUUGAUGAGGCGAUUGCCAGUUUCACGUUUCCUUCGCCCGGGACUCUCCUCAGGUUUUAGGCAGGGAGCGUUCGCCGUUGCAGGUUGCCGUGCUGGCUGCCCGGUGGUCAGCCUUUCUAGACCUCUCUACAGCAAUGUGCGUUUAUGUGGAGUUGCCACGGAGCAGAGCACACUUGUCAAAGAGGAACCAAAUACAGCAGUGCGAGCUAGGCAGGCCAUGCAAUUUGACUGGGCCUUGAAUAAACUCGAUUCCUCUGUUCGGAGAACAGGUCGCAUCACAAAAACUUUACUCCUUCGAAUUUUUCAUGACAUCUGCCGGACAGGCUGUCCCAGUGGCAAUCAAGCCUUGCUCCUUUUGCGAAGCUGUGGUUCCUUGCUUCCGGAAGUGCACUUGACGGAAAGAACAGAAUUGGCUCACAGAAUCUGGGACAAAAUACAAGAACUGGGUGGUGUUUAUGACGUGAGCCAUUACAAUGCAUUGUUGAAAGUCUACCUUCAAAAUGAACACAAGUUUUCACCAACUGAUUUUCUGGCAAAAAUGGAAUCUGCAAACGUGAAACCUAAUAGAGUUACUUUCCAAAGACUGAUAACAGCAUAUUGUAAUGAUGGAGAUAUUGAGGGUGCAAGUAAGAUUCUUGGUUUCAUGAAGGAUAAGGAUCUGCCAAUUACUGAAGCAGUGUUUAAUUCCUUGGUUACAGGACAUGCACGGGCUGGUGACAUGGAAAGUGCAGAGGGCAUUCUAAAUGUGAUGAGAGGAGCUGGGAUUGAGCCUGGCCCAGAUACUUACGUUGCCUUGCUGAAUGCAUAUGCUGAAAAAGGAGAUAUUGAAAAUCUGAAGCAGACACUGGAGAAAGUUGAAAAGACAGAUGCCAGCCUGAUGGACAGAGACUUGAUGCAAAUUAUCUUCAGCCUGGCCAAGUCUGGCUAUCCACAAUAUGUUGAGGAUAUUAUAGAACGGAUGAGACAUGACAGGGGAUAUGUACCAGACGCAAUGAACUUGUGCUUGAACCUGAUUACACAGGGCUUGGAAGAAAUUGCUUUCCAGGUGUUGAAAACCAUUCCCACUUUAAAGUCUGAGAACCAAAGUAUGGACUUAGAUUUUGGUAACUUCUUCAUACGGCACUGUGUCAAUCUUGAGAAGCCAUUGGACAAGAUACAACAGUUCUGUAAGGGACUAACUGAGGCCAAUCUGCAUUCAACUCCCUUUCAGUUUGCUCUUUAUUGUGCUCUGGACGCUAAGAAAGCCGGAAUGACUGUUGAGCUCAUGAAGAUCAUGCAAAAUGAAGGUUUACCUAUUAGACCCCAUUACUUCUGGCCUUUGCUGGUACAACAUCUGAAAGAAAAGAAUGUUCAAGGAACAAUAGAAGUACUGAAAAUCAUGCAGAACCUGGGCGUAGAGCCUGAUGUCGAAACCUAUGCAAAUUAUGUCCAGUCGGCAUUUGACAACGUGGAGCAAGCUCGUGCCCAGCUUGAGGAAAAUGGAUGUUUGGUCAACACAGUUGGAUUCUAUUCCUCUGAACUCAGAACAGAAGCUAUUAAUGGACAUUUGGACAAGACUUAUUCUAUGUUGUCCUCACCUCAAAACCCUGCAGUGGAUUUGAGUAAUUUCAGAGGGAGUCUUAUUGCAGGUUUUAAGAGGUCAAAAGAUUUUGAUAUUCUUGCAAAGAUAACAGAAUUGUUGUACAAAGAUGAGCGUUAUUGCCAGAGUUCUUCAAGACCGACUGAAGCUGUUGGCUAUUUUCUUUAUAACUUGAUUGACAGCAUGAGUAACUCUGAGGUGCAGGCCAAGGAGGAGCAUUUGAGACAGUAUUUCCAUCAACUGAACAAGAUGAAUAUUGUUAUCCCCGCAAAUCUCUACAGAGGAAUCCGAAAUUUACUGGAUAUUUAUCACGUCCCUGAGUUAAUUAAGGAUGUUGUUAUAUUGGUGGAUAAACAAGACAAGCUGGCUGAAGUUGACUACCCAAAUGGGUCUGAAGCUAAAGUUGUUGCCCUGGAAACAAAACUGGCAGAGCUAAAAAUGGAGAACAAAUCCAUUGGAGAGACAUUGAAACAAUUGAUCCUAUUGCUUUGUGGGACAGAGAAUAUGCAAAAAGCCCUUGAAGUGAAAGCUCAAUAUGAAUCGGACAUGGCUAUCGGUGGCUAUGCUGCACUAAUAAAUCUUUGCUGUCGACACGAUAACAUAGAAGAGGCACUGAACCUGAAACGAGAAAUGGACCGUAAAGAUUCUUCGGUUAGCCUUGAUACAAAUAAGUACUUGGCACUUGUAAGGAUCCUAGCCAAGCAUGGUAAAUUAGAAGAUGCUGUUUUGAUCUUAAAAGAGAUGAAAGAGAAAAAAAUUGUUCUUCGAGACUCAGCAAUGUCUUCAUUCUUCCAUAUCCUGAAUGCUGCUGCCUUGAAAGGAGAAGUGGAGACAGUGCAACGGCUACAUGAAUCCAUUGUAAACUUGGGGUUAGCCAAGGCCUCUGCUAAUCUCUGUUCACCACUCAUUACAGUCUAUCUUGAUCAGGGGAAUUUACCCGCAGCACUAGAUGCAGUUAUUGAUUGUCACAAGAAAUACAACCAUAUGCCAAGGCUCCAUGAUGUUUUGUGCAGCUUGGUUGAGCAGGGCGACACGGAUCUCUUGCAAAAAGCUAUGGAUUUUGUGAACCAAGAACGCGGUGAAAUGACAAUGUUAUACGACCUCUUUUUCGCUUUUCUUCAUACUGGGAAAUACAAAGAGGCCAGAAAAAUUAUCGAGACACCUGGCCUGAGAGCGCGCCCAGGGAGACUUCAGUGGUUUGCUGAGAAAUGCAUGGCUUCAAAUCAGGUUGAAGCUCUUGAGAAUAUGGUGGAAAUGACCCAGAAACUAUUUGAAUGUGACAGGGAUCAAAUGUACUAUUAUCUUAUGAAGUUUUGCAAGGAUGAGAAUGACUGGCGAAAAGCUGAUGCAACAUGGACCAAAAUGCAAGAGGAAAAUGUGAUCCCCCGAGAGCGAACACUCCGAAUACUUGCUGAUAUACUCCGUAGCAAUGGUCAAGAAAUUCCAUUUGAAGUUCCUGAGACAUGGUAUGAGGAUGCCACAGCAACCAGUUCAUCUUCUGUUGGUCGAAGUGCAAGAAUUCCUGAUGUGCCGGCUGACUAUGCCGGUGACUAUCAACGCCGACUGCUCAUGCUUUCCAAGAAGAAUAAUAUUCAAGAAGCCCAUAAAGUUUUUGAGGAGGCUGAAAAUAAGGGUCUGCUACUUAGCUCAGCCGCUUAUUCGAGCUUCAUCACCGCACUUCUAAGUCGUGGGCUAUUGGAGGAUGCCAUGGAAGUGAAAAGCAAAGUUGAGACCCGCAUCAAGGGCUUUACACUGAACGACGCUGCCAACAGCCUACUCAUCAUAACGCAAGUUAGGCGGGAUAAUCUGAAAGGUGGUGUGGCAACUCUGAAGACAAUGUUGCAAACUAAUCAAAUGCCUAGUCAGCUUGCUAUUUCACGACUAAUUCAAGCUUUGGGUCUGAAGGGAGAUGUGGAGCAAAUUCAGUCUGUGGAGCAGUUAAUGGGAAACCUGCCUCAAUCUAUCAAUUUGUCCAGGAUGCUAUUUAUCAAUAACUUACUCUUGGCUCAUAUAAGGAGAGGGAAUGUUGAUGCAGCUGUGCAGUAUGUUGAGCCCUUGUACAUUCCAGGAGAAAAUUCUCAGCAGCAUCUGGCAAGCAUGUCCUAUGUGUUCCGUAAGGUUUUGGAGGAAAAAUGUGAAGAAGCGGUGGAUAAAUUGAGUGCCAUGGCUGAACGGUUAGCUAACCAUUUUGCAGUGUACACACCAGUGAUGGAUCUCUUUCUGCAGUAUAUAAAUAAUGACAGAACAGAGGAUGCCAAAUUUCUUUUACAGAGAUGCCCUGCAAUUGCAGAACAGAGAAGGAGCUUGAUUUCAUUCAUCACCAGGACUGCACAAAAAGCUGGGCAGGCUCACAAAAUUCUUGGGCUCCUUGAUCUGAUCCAAGAAUUUCCAGAUAAAGAAACUGCAUAUGGAUACCUUAUGAAAUGUUACGCAUUAGAUAAUGAUGCAGUUUCUGCAAAGGCUUUGUACGAAAAGAUUAAAGAAGAGAAAAUAGUACCAGAUGAGCUGUUCCUGAAGCGCCUUGCUGUACUAUUGAAGAAUGCAGGGGAACCUGUCUCCUUCACUGAGCCACCUGAGAGUUUUGCAUUUUAUGCAGAAAAGUUGAAGCAAGAAAAAGCAGCGGAAUCAUCUGAUGAAAACUAAAAUGAAAAUUGAAAUGAUCAGACACUUUUAUACUGUUGAAGAACCAAAUGAUUGUGUGUAGUUCUGAAAUGUGGUGACUUGUUUAACUGUACAGGAUAUUUAAUGUGACAAAUAAAAAUUUGGAGGAGCCAA